CACCACCAAAAUGUGCAACAGAUGCCGUCGCCCACCGCCGCCCUGCCCCAUUUGCUGUCCGCCCAGCUGCUGUCAGCCGAGGAUAUGCUACUGCAUCUUUGAUCUGGAGAGUGCGGUGUUCGACACCCGCAACGUCUAUCGCCGUGCUGUCAUCGACAUUGCAGCCAGCUACAAUCGCGAGGUGCCCGAGCUGGUGCUGCUGCCCAUCGGGGUCAUGGCCACGGGUGAGAUGGCGGAGCUGAUUGUCCGCAAGUGCAAUAUACCCGUCACCUGGGAGCAGUUCCUGCUGCAAGUCAACGAACGCGCCUCGGAGCUCAUCUCCAAUCCGCCGCUGAUGGACGGCGUGGAGCGCCUCGUGCGGCACCUCUACAAAUGCUGCAUAACCUUGGCGCUGAUUAGUUCCAGCUGCGAGAAGCUCUACUGCCAGAAGAUACGCGGACGGGAAGCGUUCUUUGAGCACUUUGAAACGCUGAUCUGUGCGGAUGAUCCGCAGCUGAAGCGACCCAAGCCGGAGCCGGAUGUCUAUCUGAUUGCCAUGUCGCGUUUGGGCGAGGCGGACACCAGCAAUACUCUGGUGUUCGAUGGCAGCAUCAAGGGCGUGCAGGCGGCAGCGGAUGCUCGACUGAAGGUCGUCAUGGUGCCCGAGAAGAAGCUGCCCUACUGCUGGUCGGAGUUGGCAGCACUGCGGCUGGAGUCGCUGGAGGAGUUCAAGCCCGAAUGGUUUGGCCUGGCGCCACUCAGCAAGGAAGCACCAAGACCCAAGCCCAAGCCCAGUCCAGUGGUUGAGAGUCCAGGACAGCCCAUGGACAAACAGGAGUCUAGGGAAGAGCAAGAGUCCGGGGAACAGCAGCAAGAGGAUGAUGCAGCACGCACGGAAGAGAAUUCUGAAAAUGAGGCGGCUGACAUGGAAGAUACUGGCUCGAAACGAGCCUCAAGGAACUGGGACAAGAUACGAAACUCGGUGCGGAAAUCAGUGAGACGCAGCCAAGAAGUGGAGAAGGAUAAUGCGCCUGCCAAAGAGUAAAAGCCCAGAGCAGACUCAGGUUUAUUUUA